UCCUGCUGAGCGCCUGGUCGUCGUCGUCGGAGCCAUGAAGGCGGCUCGGCUGCUGCUCCUGCUGAGCGGCUGCGCGCUGCUCCUGCUGGCGCCGGCGGUGCGCGGCUGCGGGCCGGGCCGGGUGGUGGGCAGCCGCCGACGCCCUCCCAGGAAGCUCAUCCCGCUCGCCUACAAGCAGUUCAGCCCCAACGUGCCCGAGAAGACGCUGGGCGCCAGCGGCAGGUACGAGGGCAAGAUCGCCCGCAACUCGGAGCGCUUCAAGGAGCUCACGCCCAACUACAACCCGGACAUCAUCUUCAAGGACGAGGAGAACACGGGCGCCGACCGCCUCAUGACCCAGCGCUGCAAGGAUCGUCUCAACUCUCUGGCCAUCUCCGUAAUGAACCAGUGGCCGGGGGUAAAGCUGCGUGUGACGGAGGGCUGGGAUGAAGAUGGGCACCACUCCGAAGAGUCGCUGCACUACGAAGGCCGGGCGGUCGACAUCACCACCUCUGACCGUGACCGCAACAAGUAUGGGAUGCUGGCGCGCUUGGCUGUGGAGGCUGGUUUUGAUUGGGUCUACUAUGAGUCCAAGGCUCACAUCCACUGCUCUGUUAAAUCUGAGCAUUCAGCAGCAGCAAAGACAGGAGGUUGCUUCCCAGCACGGGCACUGGCAACCCUAGAAAGUGGGACCAAGAUGCCAGUGUGGGCACUGAGGCCUGGGCAGCGGGUUCAAGCCAUGGACGAACAAGGCCGCCCCACAUACAGUGAAUUCCUGGGAUUUCUGGAUAAGGCGUCGUCAGCGCACAUUGCUUUCCACGUUAUUGAGACACGGGACCCGCCCCGCCGCCUUGCCCUCACUGCAGCACACCUCCUUUUUGUGGGGGAGAAUGCCACGGCACCAGCGAAGGCGGUUUUUGCCAGCCUGGUUCGCCCGGGCCAGCAUGUACUGGUGACAGAGGGGGGCGAGAUCCGGCUGGCCAGCGUGGCGGCUGUCUCUGUUCGGAUGGACAUCGGAGCCUAUGCUCCUCUCACAAGCCACGGGACCCUGGUGGUGGAUGACGUGGUGGCAUCUUGUUUUGCCCUGGUGCAGGAGCAGCGCCUGGCACAGCUGGCCUUCUGGCCCCUUCGACUCUUCCACAGCCUGGCAGGGGGCGAGCGGACCCAGCCGGACGGUGUGCAUUGGUACUCGAGGCUGCUGUAUCGCCUGGGCCGAUUGCUCCUGGCUUCGGACAGCUUCCACCCGUUGGCCACAGCGCAGUUUGAGAGCUGAGCUGAUGUCAUCAUCAGGUGCCCCCACCCGCGAAAGAGGGAGGAACCAGGUCCCCUCUGGUGGUUCUAGGGAGGGACUCUAUGGUAGCCAGAAUCCUGAUUGUGGAGGGAAGGUGUGGCCAGUGGCUUCCUGUCACCUUCCCCAAGCACAAGGGUUGACGGGAGGGUUUGACCCCUCCUAUGUCUCCGGUGGGUCUUUUUUGGCUACGGAAUGGGACGCCCAAAGACAGGGCUGUAUGCUGCUAUUUCGGUUCAAGAGCCUCUGAUGCAAAGUGGGAAAGGGGUGGGGGAGCUAGCCAGGUGGAUGCGGGGUGAGUGGAAGUCCUGAAGCCGGGGGCAGAGGAAUCCUGCAUCCCAAUGUGUAGACCGGGGAAGAAGGGCAUGUGGGCCUCUGUAAGGAGGUUACUGGGAGGGGCUGAGGAUGGGGCCUAGAUGGGACUUACUCUAGGGCAUAAAUCCACAAAAGGCCCUCCUUUUCGGGGCUGCGUGCUCCUCUCCUAGCCCUGCGUCAUUGUGGCCAAUUGGACUGUGACAUGCAAAGUAGCUGUAAGGGAGAUCCUUGGGGGACUCUUCCAUUGUCAGAAUGGUGAGAGGUGAAGCCUUCCCUCCAGCCGCCAAUCAACUGGGCUUUUGGGCAAUGAGGUUCAAUGGGACGUGCACCAACCAGCCCAGGAGUGAGAGGUGAAGUCACCUACUAUUUCAAAGGAGCAGGCAGUAGAGACAAGGGUGAGCAACAUUUUGGCCGGAUGUUUUGGCCUACAACUCCCAUGAACCCUCACCAUUGGCUACGCUGUCUCAGGCUGAUGGGAACUGUGGGCUAAAACAUCUGGAGGGCUGCAAGUUGCCUACCCACAGCAGAGAGGAGAUGUUCUUUAUGAACUCACACAGUCACCUCUGGAUUAACUGGUCUUGUCCAGGAGUAAUUACGACCCCUACUGUCUGUCCUCACAUUCACUAAUGUAAAUUAAAAGAAACACUCCUCCUAUGAUCAGCAUGCACUGAAAGAAUGGGAGGUGCAGGGUGGGUGGGGGAAAAACAAACAAACCUUUCAGCCUGCUUUAAGUAACCAAGCCUGGCUGUGUUGACUAAUGGGUGGUUAAUAAUACAGUUCGAUUAGGGAGAACUCACCCUUGUUAAGUUAUCCUGAAAAAUCACAUGGAGGCACAAAACUAGAGAGGUUAAUUGGGAAUCACAGCUGUUUGUGGUCAGGCAGAAUGGGUUGGCGGUAGUGGUGAGGAGGAGGAGGAGCUAGAUGGAGGUGGGAAGAGGUGGAGUCUAUUUUGGUUUCUUAUGCUUCUGAUUGCUUCUUGAAAGUACCGGAGGGCAGGCAUCCUGCUGGGCUCUGAGCUUCCAUUCUCACAAGGCCCUAGUAGCAGCAGCACCAUGCAGCACUUCCGAUAACCAUACUUAUGGGAGCAACGAGAAGAGCUGCAUUGCCCCCUACAUCUCCCACUGUAGCGGUCUGAGAUAGGUUCAUAAACAGCAUGGCUUCUCAAGGUGGAACUACAUGUUAUGAGACCACACUAAAUUGGCAGUGGAGCAUUUGCAGAGGAGAAUCAGUGGGGAGGAAGGGGUAUGUAACCCUCCCCCACCAACCACGUUAUGUGUACAAUUGGUUUUUUUCAAAAAAAUCCUUCUGUACAUGGCGGGGGGUGGCGGGAAGAGGCAUGUACAACACGUGUACUCAGUUGCGAGCACUCACAAAUUCUAUUUUGUGGCAUGUGCACACAUGCAUUGGAAAGCUGUGGUUUUGUACUUCAUGCACAUGCAGUAUAGCAGGCCCAUGUGUACAUCAGGUUUAUCAAUAGCCACUUACUCAACUGUAGUGAAUAAGAAUUGCUUCCAGGCUGGAAAAGAAAGUGUACUCCUUCCCCCCCCCCCACGACGGUCAAUGUGCCAAAAACAAAUAAAGGCACAAUCCUAUGCAUGUUUGGACUGGGGCAUGCUGGGAGUUGUGGGACUUUUUUUCUGUCUAAACAUACACAGGAUUGCGCCCUAGUGUUGUUUUUUUGGUGUGGGUGGGCGGGCUGGCUAAUUUCCCCCCACUGGACUAUUAACUUAUGAGGUGUACUCAAUGUUUUGCUACAUGCAGGUAAUAUCCAUGUUGGAAAUAGUCACGUGUGAAGCAGCCUGGAGUUGGGCCUCUCUCCUUGAGAGGACCCCAGAGCACUUUGCAUCACUCAGAACCAGGAACUGCCCCUUUCCCACCUUCUUGUCUGACCCCGGCAUUUCUCCCGAGUCCAGCCAACAGGAUAGAGGGAUAGCCGUGUCCCUUCCUAGCAGCAUGACUCAUGAGGCCUCCUCCAUAGUCCCAGUGGUGAUAGUGGUUGGGAUGUCUCCUCUCCUGUCACACCACAUUUAUUUAUUGACCUGUACUUUGCAGGGUGCUCAGAAACAUUUCCCUGAUGAGUAAAGCCUUCUGCUAAAGAAGACCACAGGGGUGGGGGGUGGCGUGGGCAAAGCAUUUUUUUUCUAAUAAUAAAAAGUAUUUAAGGAUUAUUUCAGAGAAGCACAGUUUUUAUGGGACACUUGGGAGUGUGAGAGGGAAUCACAAAGCCUUUGUCUCUUCACUGGAUGUAAAUUUCCCAAACAGGUGAGAAGUCCAAUA